UCUGUGAGCAUUUGUGUUUCUGCGCUUGUGCUCUGUGCCCGGGUACCGACCACCCCACCCACCUGCCCACACAUUGCGGCUCGGCCGACGCUCCGAUUAUCCUUAAGGCUGGGGGGGUGGGCACCGCACCGCACCAAUGUCUUGGCCCGGACUUAUACCCGGCUUUCACUUCCGGAACUUUGCUGCCGACGACAACAACAAACCGACAGAGCGAGCGGCAGGCACACUGCACUUGCAAUUGAGACGCUGAGAGAAUCACAGCCACUGCCCCGCCACACGCCACACGCCACCCGCUGACACUGCAAUUUGGGUUGGAGAGAUGCUGUAGACAUUGCGCUCCCCGCUCGGCUGGGCACCCGCUGGCCAUGGUACGGUAGCUGCGCUGCGGACGAGAAUCACUAGAGACGGGACGUGACGGGACGGCGGUGCCAUGUUUGUGAUGAGCAUUUGGGGCACCAGCCUGAGCCUGAGUAGCCGCAGCCUGGCCAUUGUCCUGGUGCUAUGCUUGACGCUGUUGUACUUCUCCUACAGCUUCAAUGCCUGCCUGCUGGCCAGCAUCAGUCGCAGCCUUCAGCAGAGCAACUUACGCAACCUGCUGUCACUGACGUCGACGCCCCGCAACGAAAGUAGCAGCCACAGCAGCAACGAUUCCGCCACACCCGCUGCUGCUGCUGCUGCUCCAUCGGCCAACAACACCAACACCAGCAGCAGCAGCAGCAGCAGCAGCAACAUCAGCAAUGUACCAGCCGCUGUGGGGAUUGCCAGCAAGUAUCAGUUGCUGCGGCAGCCAGGCCUGCGUCCGUCACGUCACCUGCCCGACACGCUCAUCAUUGGCGUGAAGAAGAGCGGAACGCGGGCACUGCUGGAGUUCAUUCGCCUGCAUCCGGAUGUGCGGGCGGCCGGCUCCGAGGUGCACUUCUUCGAUAGGCACUAUCAGCGGGGCCUGCGCUGGUACCGCCACCACAUGCCGUACACCAUCGAGGGCCAGAUCACCAUGGAGAAGACGCCAAGCUAUUUUGUGACCAAGGAGGUGCCCCAGCGGGUCUAUCACAUGAACACGGCUACCAAAUUGCUGAUUGUGGUGCGAGAUCCGGUGACGCGUGCCAUCUCCGACUACACGCAGGCGGCCAGCAAGAAGGCGGACAUGAAGCGGUUCGAGCAGCUGGCCUUUGUCAAUGGCAGCUACUCGGUGGUGGACACCAAUUGGGGGCCCGUCAAGAUUGGCGUGUACUCGCGAUACCUGGAGCGUUGGCUCCUCUACUUUCCGCUCUCCCAGCUGCUCUUCAUCAGCGGCGAGCGCCUGAUCAUGGAUCCCGCCUACGAGAUCGGACGCGUACAGGAUUUUCUCGGCCUGAAGCGUGUGGUAACCGAGAAGCAUUUUUACUUUAAUGCCACCAAAGGCUUUCCGUGCCUGUUCAAGUCCGAGGCACGAUCCACGCCCCACUGCCUGGGCAAGACGAAGGGCCGCAAUCAUCCGCAUAUCGAUCCCAAUGCCAUCGAUAGGCUGCGCGAAUUCUACAGGCCAUUUAACAAUAAGUUUUAUCAAUUGACGGGCAUUAAUUUUGCCUGGGCAUAGGAGGGGCUUCGGCUUCGACUUCGGGUUCCUGUUCCUAUUCCACCCAUCAAGGAUCAUUUGGAUAUAGUGGAGAGUAGAGGCAAAACUUGUUGUUGCCACAUGUGUGGGGCAACGGACUGGACUGAUAUUGUUGAUUGCAUUUUUUGAUACAUAUAAAUUGUACUUAUCUAGUAUAUACAUAUAUAUAUACAAAAGCAACCACCAUAUACGGAUAUACAUAGCUAUUUAGAUGAUAUAUAUAUACACACACACACACACACACACACUCCAGACAGACAGACAGAAAGAUCUCGCAGGAGCAGCGCAGAGAUUAUUGCUCAAUUAUUGGUAGCUUUAUCAGGAGACGAUUCAAAUUCAUCGAUAAAUGGUUCCUCUCUUCUAAAAAAAAACACAAACUCAAAUCGCAUUGAAUCGGAUAUACCCAUGCACACACUAUAUACUCGAACGUUCUAUAGGUAUACCCCUUAAAACAUACUAUAUACUAUAUACAUA